AUGUCAGUCGACCCAGAUUCACGCAGGAAGUUAUUGAGUUUACAGAAAAUUGGCGAAAACAAGAAAUGCUUUGAUUGUGGUGCACCCAACCCACAGUGGGCUUCCCCCAAAUUCGGGGCAUUUAUCUGCUUAGAAUGUGCUGGUAUACAUAGGGGAUUGGGGGUUCAUAUAUCUUUUGUACGAUCAAUAACAAUGGACCAGUUCAAACCAGAAGAAACUUUACGAAUGGAGAAUGGAGGAAAUGAAAGGUUGAGGAAAUACUUUGAAGAAAAUGGCGUCGACUUAAGUUUGCCAGCAAAGCAAAAAUUUGACAAUUAUGUGGCUGAGGAUUAUAAAGAGAUUUUGACUUGUGAAGUUGAAGGAAGGGAGUACGUGCCAAAAGAUCACUCAGGGGAGGAGUUGCCAAAUAAGGAUAGCAUUACUACAACAGCUACACCAACUUCCGCACGUGCAGGCCCUGGCUUCUCCAAAGAGCAAAAGGACAAGAAUGAAUCGUACUUUGCUAGCUUAGGGGCCAAGAAUGAAACGAGACCAGAUGAUCUUCCGCCAUCACAAGGGGGAAAAUAUGCAGGUUUUGGUAAUACACCAGCGCCUGCAUCCAAUGGUACUUCAGCAGGUAAAUCAUCGUUUUCCAGUUUUACGGUGGACAAUCUCCAAAAGGACCCAUUGGGUACUUUUACCAAAGGGUGGGGGCUUUUCUCUUCAACAGUGGCUAAAUCAGUUCAAGAGGUUAAUCAAAGCGUUAUCCAACCAAGCUUGAGUCAAAUACAAGAAAGCGAAUUUAGUGCUGAGGCUAAAAAGGCAAUGGCACAAUUUGGUCAAAGAAUGCAAGAGACUGGUAAAUAUGGCCAAGAAACUUUUCAAUCCUUUACAAAAGAAGUGAAUGAGAAUGGACUUAACAAGACUAUUGACCAUAGAUUUAAUGGAUUGUGGGCCAAAACAGAAGGUAAUGAUGAUGUUCCAGUUGCCUUUGGGUACAAGAAGUCUGACAAUGGUGUCAAGUAUGAAAGUUUAUCAGGAGGUUCCAAUUCCAAAUCACAAGAUGAAGAUAAAUGGGAUGACUUUUGA